CGUCACAGUCGAACGAGAAGGAGAAGAAGAAGAAGAGAAACAGAAACUACGCGAGAGUCGAGAAGCGAGAGGAAUCACGCCCCACCCCCCACCAACCCAAAAACGUCUCCGACUUUCUUUCUUCGCCAAACGAAAUUAGGGUUCCGAAUUCCUCUUUGAAACUUCCAAACUUCGCUAUCUUGACUCUUGUUUUGUUCCAUUCCAGCCCGCCCUUCAAUCAACAGAUCUCUAUAAAAUUGCUUGUAAAUACUGUAUAAUCGACUCACAAUCUCUCCAAUUACAUUUAUUAGGCUCUUUUUCUAUCUUCUUUUCUUUUUUUAAUUGCAUUAGUCGUUUGUAGAUUUGACGAUUCUUUUAUUUAUUUAAAUAAAUAAGAAGCUGAAAAAAUUACAGUAAAUAAAUUCUAGGGUUAGUAUUAGGAGAUUUGAAAUUAAGCUUCAAUUAUGCCUGUUCCGACAAUUGCUCUGUACGCAAGUCCACCCAGCAGUGUCUGCUCGACGCCACAUCCUUGCCAGAUCAACUCGCAUGCCUCCUACGAGUUUGAUUUGAACAGUCGAUCAUCUCCGCCGCCGUCGUCCACGGCGUCUCCGUCGCCGUCGCAGAAGCCGAUCGUCGGAGGACUUUCCCUGCUGCUAUCGUCUCAACCGGCGGUAAAACACGCGACUUAUUCGACUACUGCGGACGAAUUGUCGUCCUCCUUGUGGCAUGAUAGAGGGGGUGAAGAGUUGAGCUGCGGUUCAUUUCGGUACUCGUCGUUGAGCUCGUCCAUGAAGCGAGAUCAGUGUUAUCAGAGCCCUGUGUCCGUGCUUCAGGGUCCGGUCUCUUGCUGUAGUAGUGGCAAUGGAAUUGGGUCCGCUUCGACGUCAAGGAGUCCUCCCAUGAGAAUGGGGGAUAAUAUGAGCUCCAUUCGAUCCGGUAGUGGGGGUUUGUUUCAUCGGUUUGUCCGGCAUGCUUUAGGGUCCUGCGUCGAUUAUGAUUCGCCGUCUUUUCAACUUCAUGACAGCGUUGGUUCUACAUCAUCUGGUUUGGUAGAUGAGCUGACAUUUAAUAUGGAGGAUAAUUUCACAGAAUCUAGUGUAGAUCCUCGUGCUAAAGAUAUGCUUUUGAACGCACAGUACAGGCAUAAGAUAUUUUAUGACGAUUUCGUCGUAAACGCUUUUUAUGAAGCUGAGAAAGCUCAUAGAGGACAGGUGCGGGCAAGUGGAGAUCCUUAUUUACAGCAUUGUGUGGAAACGGCGGUUUUGCUGGCAAUGAUUGGUGCUAAUUCCACAGUUGUUGCUGCAGGGUUGCUGCAUGACACACUUGAUGAUGCUUUUGUCACGUAUGAGUAUAUUUUCCAGACAUUUGGUGCUGGGGUGGCAGAUUUAGUUGAAGGGGUGUCUAAACUGAGCCAAUUGAGCAAGCUCGCACGUGAGAACAAUACUGCUUGUAAAACUGUUGAGGCUGAUCGAUUGCAUACAAUGUUCCUUGCAAUGGCAGAUGCUAGGGCUGUUCUCAUUAAAUUGGCUGAUCGGUUGCAUAAUAUGAUGACGUUGAAUGUGUUACCUUUAGUUAAGCAGCAGAGAUUUGCUAAGGAAACCUUGGAAAUAUUUGUUCCUCUGGCGAACCGUUUAGGAAUCUCUACAUGGAAAGAGCAGCUAGAGAACCUUUGUUUUAAGUACUUAUAUCCAGAUCACCACAAAGAAUUGUCCUCUAGACUUUUGAAGACCUUUGACGAGGCAAUGAUAGCCUCCAAUGUGGAGAAAUUGGAGCAAGCUCUUAAGGAGGGAGCCAUUUCUUUUCAUGAUCUAUCCGGGAGGCAUAAAAGCUUGUAUAGCAUCUAUUCCAAAAUGCUAAAGAAAAAGCUAAAUAUGGAUGAAAUUCAUGACAUUCAUGGUUUAAGGUUAAUUGUGGAGGAUAAAGAUGAGUGUUAUAAAGCUUUGGAUAUUGUUCGCCAACUAUGGCAUGAAGUACCUGGAAGGUUCAAGGACUACAUAGCCCACCCGAAGUUUAAUGGGUAUCAAUCCCUGCACACUGUAGUUAUUGGUGAGGGAAUGGUUCCUCUGGAAGUUCAGAUUAGAACAAAGGAAAUGCACUUGCAGGCUGAGUACGGGUUUGCUGCUCACUGGAGAUACAAGGAAGGAGAUUGUAAACUCUCUUCCUUUGUUCUUCAGAUGGUUGAGUGGGCACGCUGGGUUGUUGCUUGGCAGUGUGAGACAAUGAGCAAGGACUGCUCCUCCAUUGGUUACGCUGAUUCUUUGAAGCCACCUUGCAAAUUUCCUUCUCAUUCAGAAGAUUGCCCUUACUCUUGCAGACCUUAUUGUGGCCCAGAUGGACCUGUUUUUGUGAUUAUGAUUGAGAAUGAUAAGAUGUCGGUACAGGAGUUUUCAGCGAACUCGACCAUCAAGGACAUGCUUGAGAGAACAGGUUGGGGGAGCUCUAGAUGGACGCACUGUGGAUUUCCUCUGAAGGAGGAGCUUAGGCCCCGGUUGAACCAUGCAACUAUCAGUGACCCCAUGUGCAAGCUAAAAAUGGGAGACGUUGUGGAAUUAACUCCAGCAAUACCAGAUAAAUCAUUGAUGGAGUAUAGAGAGGAGAUUCAGCGCAUGUACGACAGGGGGCUCCCCGUAUCAAGUACGGUGUCUUCUGGUAGUUCAAUGAUUGGCUUGAGAAGCUGACCCGUUCUGGUACUUUGCCCGUAGUAAUAGGGUACCAUGGACAAAUUGCUCAUUCUUGUAUAUGAACCAUAACAUUUGUACAGAACC